AUGUACUUUACCCCACAGUAACUUUCAGGAGGUCCUAGAUUCAACCAUAAGACUAGAGUCGGCAACUGGCAAGAAGAUUGGGAAUCUAAUGAAACUAAGCUAAAAGAGUAUAUGAAAAAGAAGGAGACCAAUCAGCUCGUUAUAAAUCAAACUCAGUAGAAAUAUGCCAAAUCCUUGCAAAGAGUUCCACAAACAUAUACACAUGAUGGGAGAUUAAGAUUCGGUGAUUCCAUCAUGCUUUUGAAUAAAAUGACAAGCGGUUAUCUUGCUUUCGAUAUGAGUGAUAAAAUACCUGCCCAUGAAGAGGCUUACUCCUGUACAACAACUGACAAGGUAGGACCUUGUGCUAGAUCUGUUUUCGUUCUCUCAAAGGGUGAAGACGAUGGUGCUCCAGAUAAUAUCAUAAGAUAUGGUCAGAAAGUUAAGUUUGAGUCAAACCCACACAUUUAUGCAAAGAAAUUAUAUUUGCACAGCACAAUGAUAAGUCCACAAUUCUUCGCUAGAUUCUCAAGAAAUCAAGAAGUUUGUAUGACUGCUAAGAAUAUUUACAACACUGUAUUCAAAAUUCUUCACAUCGACCCUAAUCUCAGAAACACCAGUUUGGGAGAUGCUGUUGGCGCUAAUGAAUAAGUUUUAAUUGAACACUGUGCCACUUCUCAAUACUUGGCUUCUGAUAAAAUUAAUUACAGAAAUGACUUUGGCAUGGAGUAUGAAGUAUGUGUGAAUUCAUAUGCUACUAAUAACAAGAGUCAAGCCUUGAAUCUAGAGAGAGUUGGAAAACUCACAGUUGAACAACCAACUAAGAUUCAAUUAGACUAAAAUGUCUGGGUUAUUGCCACAGCCUCUGAUCCAUCUCUAGCUGAACCCAUUAAGGAACCACCUAAAUAUACAGCUCAAGAUUUAUUAAAUGACAUUAAAUAAAAACUUCAAGCUAGAGGUACUCUAGGUAUCAGAGGACUAGGAAGAAUGUUUAGAAUCUUAGACAAUAAUGGUAAUAGGAAUCUAGACAUCAAAGAACUCUAGUAUGGUCUUGGAGACUUUGGAGUGUAUAUUGAUGAUGAAUAAGCAUCAGUAAUCCUUGCUCACUUCGAUAGAGAUAGAAACGGAGUCGUAAACUAUGAUGAAUUCCUAAGAGCAAUUAGAGGAGACUUGAAUGAAUACAGACUAGGAUUAAUUAAGAAAGCCUAUCAAAAAUUAGAUGAAAAUAGCGAUGGUACUGUUAAGUUGGAUGAUAUUGCUAAGUUAUAUGAUGUUAGCAAGCACCCAGAUAUUGUUGGAGGCAGAAAACAACCAUAGCAGGUUUACAUGGAGUUCAUGAAACUCUGGGAAACCUAAGUUGCUGAUGGCAUUGUUACAUUUGAUGAGUUCUGUGACUACUUCAGAGAUGUAUCUGCCUCAGUUGAUAGAGAUGACUACUUUGCUCUAAUGAUGCAAAACUCAUGGAAGAUUUAAGUCUGA